AUGUCUAAACUUGCGCAACUCAAGAAUCGGACGCGGAGCAAUUACGGCUUCAUCUUGGAAUAUAGGACAAGAUGGAGCGACAAUGAUAUGUAUGGUCAUAUGAACAACUCGAUCUAUAAUUUUAUGAUCGACUCCGUCGUCAACGCCUAUCUCAUCGAAUUCGGCGGUCUCAGCCCGCCCACGUCACGACAACGUGGACUCGUUGUUCACUCGCAUACGGACUACUUCGGAUCCAUCUCAUAUCCCGCCGUCGCCGAGUUGGGACUUCGGGUCAACGCCGUGGGCAAAUCUAGCGUGAGAUAUGAGGUAGGCAUCUUCACGAGGGGUGUGGACGAGGUCAAGGCCGUCGGAGAGGUGGUACAUGUCUUUGUCGAUAGCGAGACGGGAAAGCCAUCUGCGCAUGGUAUGGACAAGUCUAUUUCUGAUGCACUGCGUCGAAUCCUGGACACGGGGAUCUCCAGCAAACUAUAG